CCCUCCCAUCCGCCUCACACACCAUCCUGUCAAACAGAGGUUACACUAGCUGGGAUUACGCUAGCAAAAAUGUGAUUUUGUACAAAUCUUACAGCCAUUCAAGGUGUUAGAGGCAGAGUGUGCGCUGCUACUACGACAGCCAGUGAAGAAGAGGAGCCGUGUGCGCCGGAGCUGCUGCUGUGUUUUCAAGGUUUCCUGUGGAGGUUGUUGGACGGGACAGAGGAGCAUCGACUGAGUGUCCCCGGUUCGUUGCCAUACCUCCAUCCCAGAGAUGCUGCCCUGCCUGCGGAAAUCGCUGCGGCCCGCCCUCGCUCUGAGAGCCGGGGCUGGGUUAACCACAGCCGGACUCAGCAGCCACCAAACCCCCGCCGUAGCGUCACCGCCCCGGUUCUCUUCAGAGCCGCCCCUCUUCAUGCUGAUGCAGCGGUGUCACCUGGGCACACACCCGGAGCCCGUGGAGCCCCUCAACUCCCCCCGAGGAGCCAAGGAGUUUAUUUAUAGCCUUCAUCCGACUGAACGCACCUGUCUGCUGCGAGAACUGCACAGGUUCGAGUCCAUAGCUAUUGCUCAAGGGCAGCUGGAGAUUGCACCGCCCACUGCAGCACAGUUAAGAUAUGUUCUGCUGCACAACGCACUCCCUUUCGUUGGAUUUGGAUUCCUGGACAACUGCAUCAUGAUCCUCGCUGGCACACAGAUCGAGUUAUCUAUUGGAGUGAUCCUCGGCAUUUCAACUAUGGCAGCUGCUGCCCUUGGCAACCUGGUGUCUGAUCUGGCAGGACUAGGGCUGGCAGGUUACGUGGAGGCUUUGGCAUCUCGGCUGGGAAUGCAGAUUCCUGACUUAAGCCCGAAACAGGCUGACAUGUGGCAGACCAGAGUCAGCUGUCACUCGGGUAAAGCCAUCGGUGUUGGCAUCGGUUGUAUCCUGGGCAUGUUCCCUCUUCUGUUCUUCAAGGACGAUGACGAGAAGAAAAAGGCCAAGAAGGAGGCGAAGGAGAAAACAGAAACACCAGCUGCUCCAACAGAGAGCAGCCAAAACUGAAGCUAACCAUCUCACCUGAGACAAGUACUAUUUUCACUCCCUUAGAAUACUUUUAUCUGAGACUGAUUUGGCACGUGUCUGGUAGACUGGAGCAUACAGUAUGGAAAUGUCACUGAACCUUCGAAGGUAUUCUGACCGAGAUUUUAGAUAUUAUCUGAUUGUAGACUUUGAAAUGAAGCACAGGGACCUGAAAGUCUCAUGAAGGAAGAGACGGCUGACUGGACUGCUGCUACUCUACUCUAACUAUUGCACCGUAACCUCACUUUGUUUCAACUGACUGACAACGGCUGAAAGUGAUGUAUCUAAAACACUUUUCAGUGGCCUCUGUCUCUCCUCCGCUCCCAGUCUGUACGUUAUACAUACAUAUAUAUCACACAUAUAGGUAAGUGAUGAUUUAAGGGCUCCCUGAAAUGUCACAACAAACUUUGCAGCCAAUACAAGAAAAAAAAUCUACAUUUUUAAAGAACAAAAUCUGCACACUUACUCACAUGGCAUUGUUAUGGUUUCUUUCCAUUGUCAUUAGUUCUUAUAGAUUACAUAAAUGAAGGCUGAAUGGAGAGGCUUGCUAACGGCUUGCUUCAUCAGUGUUUAACCCUGUUUAAAAACCUUGUUUCCUUAUCGUUUUUUUGCAUUGAAAGGUGCACGCAUGCCUGCAUUUUGAGGAUGCCAGAGUCUUAAAAGUCUUACAAGCCUGCCUAACCUACACUCUAUGACAAGCAUUCAGUAUCUUUCAUUUAAAAAUGCAUGCUGUUACAGUACAUUUGUUACACCUGCUAGCUGCCUCUUUUUUUUUUUUUUUUUGUUAUGUUUAUGUGGUUUUAUUUGAAUUAUUGACUGUUUGUGAUCAAGUUUGCUUUUGUAAAAAAUAAAAUGUUUCCCAAGUGUACUGGAUGGAGCCAGCUAGGUGCAAAAAUCAACCUCUAAAAGAACAGUGUUGCUUUCCAAGAAUUGAGCAGUGAGGGAGAGAUCCAUGUAGAGGCAGAGGGAGAAGGGACAGAGAGAGAGAGAGAGAGAGAGAGAGAGAGAAAAGAAAGAGGGGGACAGAAACAGAAAGAGAGAAUGAGAGACAAGCAGAGAAGAAAGAGAGACACAGAAAAAGACACAAGAAAGAAAGAGAGAGAGAGAAAGUGUGGCAGCUAGGAAGCACUGUCACUAAACAUACGCCCUCUCUAGCUCCAAUUUGAUUUGAUUAUUCUCCUCUAGUCCUGCACAAACUAAGCUUCAGCUGAACUACAACACACGCCUUCCUCAUGAGUAGUUACAACCUGUAGAUUAGUCUGGAAAUACUCACAACCACGCACAAGAGAGGCAGAACUUAACCAGGUGCUGAAUAACAUUUUUGUUAGCAUACUUUCAAUUCUGUUCAAAAUCUAUUUCUGCAUUUUAAUACUUUCACACAGCUUAAUUACACAUUCCUAUUUAAACACUCUAUAUAAUAUCCUCUCUGCUCUACUGCCCUCUGCUGGCGGACAUUCAGAGAACUGUGGCAGCUUCUACCCUUUACUUUUAAACCCUUCUGGUUCUGCAUCAAUUUAUUUUUUGCCUAUUAACAUUCAAACCCCCUUGCUGUCUGGCUGCUAAUCUUCUCUUAUUCCUGAUUUGUUGAUUGUUCUUUAAAUCAUUGUUCUUCUGCAGCAUUUUUGGUUGAUUACCCGACCAUCAAUCCCAGUCUUAACUCAGCUUCUCUUAAUAUGUUUAAUUAUUCUUGAAGAGCUGUGUUUGUUACCUCUUUGGCAGAGUUAUCUCAUCUCAAUAGCUCAAUUAAAAUAUUAUUUUAAAUCUGUUUAGAAGUUGAAAUGAAAAAGAGAGGUCAUGUGUUGCUCGCUGAAAUGUCCUCACAGAAAAUGUAUUUACUCUGUUUUAAUAUUCACACUAAUAUUUAUGUAUUUUCUCACUUUCUUUAUCUCAAAGAACAAUGUCCAACACACAUAUUUGUCGGCACAAAAGACUUAUGUGGGUACAUUUUUAACAUUGUUUUCAACUUGAAUGACGUUUGAGACUAAAACUAAACUCACUCAACCUGCUCUCCAAACUUGAAACUAUAUAAAGACUUACCUGUAUGAGAUCGAUAUAAUGUGGAUACCAGUGACCCUGAAGUAAGAUACAAUUUAGACACUGUACAAAGAGAUGAACAUAGUUAUGUAGAAAGGAUUUCUGAUUGCUUGAUUCCCUGCAUGCACUGCAAAUAAAACAAAUGUUAUUGUACAUGUUUACUUUGUAAGGCUAACAAAAAAAAAAAAAACUUGAGUAUGUUCUGAAUAAUGUAUUGAAGGAUAACAUGAAUCCCUGCAGGUUACAACACACGAGUUAAAAUGUAAAAGAUUAUUGAAAUAAAAAAAAAAUCUAUUUUA